AUCUAGUCAACAAUGCAACAAUAAUACUUGCAGAAGUAACACCUAUGGCUAACAAAGAUUGAUGUAUAUCACAUAACCAGCUGCUGUUAAAUAUUUGCCCAUGUUUGCUUCCUCUUAUGCAUAAUUUAUGUAUUUGCAAAACUUUUCCAAGCUUGGAAAACCAAAUUUUUACUUUUAAUACCUGAACAGAGCUUGACUUUAAACACAACGCAAAUUCAUCAUCAUGUAUAAUUUGUACAUUAUAAGAAGGGCAGCACAUGGCUCGGUGGGCUAAGCCAGUGUGCCUGUGAUCAGGGUGGCGGGUUUGAACCCAGCUGCAGCACAUCUUCAGGCCCUUGAGCACGACAGGUGGCAGCCCUUCACAGCCUGCUUACUCUUGCCUAUAAAGAGCAACUUGGGGAAGGUGUAAAGAGAAUUUCCCCACAGGGAUCUACUACUAUUAUUUAAUUUGUAUAUAUCUUUGUAUAAGGAAUUGGGCUUUUUUUUUAUUUAUGAUGGUAUCCAGUUCAUAUUUUGUUUUAAUGAGUUCUUUACAACGGUAAUCUGAUGGAUUUUUGGCUAUUGGCAGAGUAAGAUUACUAACUCUUCUGUUCUUAAUCUUAUGCUUUUUUUCUCUGUGUGGGAUAUGAGAUGAUUGAACAUAUUCACGUACGUAUUAAUUUUUCAUACCUGCUAGUCCUUCAGGGCCAUAUAUUUCAAAUCACAAGAAUAAAAAUAGCAGUAAAAUUAUACAAAACCUUUAAUGCCACUUUCGGCUUAUGGAAUAAUUAAUAACAAAUUCAAUUUAAUGUGGUACCAUUAAAACGGUAUUUAUUGAAUGCGCCUUUACUAAUACCACAUGCAUUUUGCAGUCGAUACUUUUUAAACACAUGAACCGCAAUGAUUCGCAUUUCAGAUGUAAACGCGUAUGUACAGUAAUUAACCUGUUUAACAGAUUCUGCUUGGUUUUAUACAUAGAAUAAUCUUUGUUAAUAACUUUCCGAUUAGGGUUAAUUGGGUGGAGGUGCGAAGCCUUUCAUCCAGCGCGCAAACCGGCUCCUUGCAAGAUCAAAUUGCCACCGGAUCCACACAGACCUCGGUCUGUUUAUGAAAUUUAGUUUCUCACUAAUACGCUAGAGUAAUUGAUCCAGAUGAACUUUUUCACACUCUAUGUAUGUGUUACCUACUUAAGCUGGGCGUUUGCAGUGCGCAGCCCCGGUACUUCCGUGACCGACAGUGCGGGACGGAGACUCGGCCUCGGACCCAGUCUCUGGCCGGGCUUCAGGAUUCCCUCCCCCGUCUCAAAACGCGUACCCCCAGGGCGCUUUGUGUUCCUGCCCGGCGUGCACAUAACCUGUUCAAGCAGCGAGGUUGUAGUGAGCGUUAAGAAGCGCCUCUCCAGCGAUACCAAGCGCCUGAGGCUCGGGCGCUCCUGCGUGAGUAACGGCGCCGACCGGCUCUCUGGUGACCUGCUUUUCCGCUACCCGGUAACGGCGUGCGAUGUUGUGCGAGAGCUGGGACCGGCACAUAUUCUGUAUCGAUUCGUGCUGCGGUACUCUUCCCAGAAAGCUGGCGUCCUCCGUCACCGCCUAGAAUGCCGUCUAAAUCGAUACCAUCAUGUGCACCAGCUGGCGGUGAAACCGACCUGGCGAACAGCUACAAGCAAGGUGCUCAGAAAUCAGCUGGGCGGCUAUCAGAUACAGCAAAUGAAUGCUGAUUGGACUGCACCCCGUACUUCCAGCACAUACUUCCUUGGUCAGAAGGUCAAUCUGCGGGCUUCUGCAGACUUCAUACCUGCUGGGGGGAAGCUCUAUGUUGAUUACUGCUAUGCUACAGCCUCUGAGGUCCCCUGGUCCACACCCAGUCAUAUGGUUGUGGGGAACUUUGGUUGUAUGGUAGAAACCACAGGGAUCUUUGAAACCAGAAGUUGUGGGCGUGUCAGCUUUAGCUUCAGAGCUUUCCAGUUGAGUCAUGGGCCUUCUGCCCAGGUAUUUCUGCACUGCAGGCUGUUUGUUAUGGCCGGGGAUCCCAGUGCUACUGCCAAGUCCUGUUCCUACAAUCAGCAGGAGGGGAGGUGGCAAGAUCUCACAGGUCCUGACUCUGUGUGCGACUGCUGUGACUCCAACUGUAACCCAUCCAAGGGCAAGAACCAAAUGUUUGAGGGAUUCCAUAGCAGUGGGUUGUUUGUGUUCAGCAAAAAAUCCAGGUCCCUAGGCACUAUUCCAGCAUCGAACAUGUCCUCUCGCCUCACAACAUUGGACGUCACUGACAAGAGCAACACAUCGAGUGACGAUGACUUGGUGUGGCAGAAUAACUAUGAAGACAAAGGGAAAGAAAAGGUUGAGAUUCUUCUGAACAAGGACCUAAACCCUGCGGAAGUGAGUCGGGAGAGGCAGGAGGCUAGCUUCUUGAGAGCAUUGAUGCCUCCUCAGAGGUUGGAAGGAAGUGUUGAUGUGUCUUGUGGUCCAAUAUCAUCCUCAGGGUUAUUGGACAAGCUGGCACCUUCCUCAGUGAAGGGGGGGGUGGAGGAUGACUAUAGUAACUAUGGCCUUGUGUCUGGGGUGGGAGAGGUCAUGUUUCUUAGCGAUUACUAGGGUCCACAGGGGUGUGGGGGGUAGAGCCAUAGGGAGUGUUGGUGCUGAGGCUGGGUGACUGUCUACUCAGUUCUGAUGGUAAAACAAACCCACCUCACAUUUUCUUCAUUUACCUACCAGCUUAGUAAUAAAACUCAUGUAUAUUUGUGGUUAAUGCUGCAUUGAAAUCAACCUGUAAAUUGGGGAAUUUGAACUGGAGCGGCGCCUGAACUUGGAGGUAUCAACAUGACCCUGAGCUCCAAGUUCAAGAUGGUUGUGCUCUUUAGCAACAGAAGUUAAAGCUGUAGUUUAUUUCUUAUUUUUACUGUCUAUUAGCACUUGCAUCUUAUUUUCGGCUCAUUAAAUCAGUCGUACGCACA